AUGUCUACUUGGCUAGACCUCGACGGCCACGAGAAAAUUAUUAAGGAGGCCAACACAAAAGUGGAUGGACUGCACAACAUGGUCAUUGAAGAGCGUUGGAGGCAGUGGAACAGCCGCGAGAGGCAGGACGGGGUCCAGGACUUCCUUGAUGUUCUCAUCACGCACACCGACGGUGACGACAAGACGUUGCUCAGCAUCGAUGAGGUCAAAGCACAGUGCAAGGACAUAAUAUUAGCGGCCAUAGAUAACCCGUCAAACGCAGUGGAGUUGGCGCUGGCGGAGAUGGUGAACAACCCAGAAUUGCUAGCCAAAGCAGUGGAGGAGAUGGACCAGGUGGUCGGUCGCGAGCGACUAGUGCAAGAGUCGGACAUCAUGCAGCUCAACUAUCUCAAGGCGUGCAUACGUGAGGCAUUUCGCCUCCACCCAGUCGCUCCCUUCAACGUGCCGCACGUCGCGAUUGCCGACACCAUUGUUGCGGGCUACCGCGUGCCCAAGGGUAGCCACGUCAUCCUCAGCCGGCUGGCCCUGGGCCAGCACCCCACCGUCUGGGAUGAACCGCUCCACUUCAAGCCAGAGCGCCAUAUGGGAGACAACAUCAAUGUGGUGCUUACGGAGAGCGAAUUGCAGUUCAUCUCCUUCAGCACCGGACGGCGCGGAUGCAUCGCAGCAUCACUAGGAACAACCAUGAGUGUCAUGCUCUUCGGCAGGCUCCUGCAUGGCUUCACCUGGACCAAACCGGUUGGGGUGUCGGCCAUCAAUCUUAGCGAGUCCAAGCACGACCUCUUCAUAGAGAAACCGCUAGUGCUACAUGCCGAGCCACGUCUUGCAGUGCAUCUCUACCCUCUCAUGCAUUGUUGA